CUGCGCAUAUAACCGGACCCCAGCCAGCCCCGUGACCGCCUCAGUCCCCGAGGAGCGAGGAGCAGCCGCAGCUCUCACACAGUCUCGCACUCUGCCACUCUCCCUGUCUGAGCUCUGUUCUGCUCUGCCUCUAUCCAUGGCCUCGCCCUCGCGGAUCUUGAUCUUGCUCCCGCUGCUCUUCCUCCUGCUGGGCUCGCAUUGCUCUACCGGGGCGGCGGCGAGGCGGCAGCUGCUGCGAGCCGGGGACCCGAGCUCGCAGGUCAAGUUCGACUUCUCUCCGUUCCUCAUCGAGUACAAGAACGGGCGCGUGAAGCGGCUGAUGGGCACCAACGUGGUGGCGGCGUCCUCGGACGCGCUCACGGGCGUCACCUCCCGCGACGUGACCAUCGACCCGUCCACGGGCGUCGCGGCGCGGCUCUACCUCCCGAGCUUCCGCGCCAGCACCCGGGUGCCCGUGCUGGUCUACUUCCACGGCGGCGCGUUCGUGGUGGAGUCGGCGUUCACGCCCAUCUACCACGCCUACCUCAACACGCUGGCCGCCAGGGCGGGCGUCGUGGCCGUGUCGGUGAACUACCGCCUGGCGCCGGAGCACCCGCUCCCGGCGGCGUACGACGACUCGUGGGCGGCGCUCAAGUGGGUGCUCGCGAGCGCGGCGGCCGGGUCCGGGUCGGACCCGUGGCUUUCCCAGUACGGCGACCUGUCCCGCCUGUUCCUCGCCGGCGACAGCGCGGGCGGCAACAUCGCGCACAACCUGGCAUUGCGCGCCGGGGAGGAAGGCCUUGACGGCGGCGCGCGGAUCAAGGGCGUGGCGCUGCUGGACCCUUACUUCCAGGGCCGGAGCCCCGUGGGCGCCGACUCCACGGACCCGGCGUACCUGCAGUCCGCGGCGCGCACCUGGAACUUCAUCUGCGCGGGGAGGUACCCGAUCAACCACCCCUACGCGGACCCGCUCCUGCUGCCGGCGUCCUCGUGGCAGCACCUCGGCGCCUCCCGCGUGCUGGUCACCGUGUCCGGGCAGGACCGCCUCAGCCCCUGGCAGCGCGCCUACUACGCCGCGCUCAGGGGCAGCGCCUGGCCCGGGGAGGCCGAGCUGUACGAGACCCCCGGCGAGGGCCACGUCUACUUCCUCACCAAGCUCAGCUCGCCACAGGCGCUCGCCGAGAUGGCCAAGCUCGUCGCCUUCAUUAACCGCGACGACUAGCUAACCGGCCGGAGUACACCUACCUGCCGCCGCGGCAACCAGUAACUGCAGUCUGCGGUACCGCGACAACAUCAUCAGUACUAUACCUAUACUAGUAACUAGCGAGAGUGAGAGGUGAUUAGUAGUAGUAGUAGUAGUAAUUACUUUUUUGUCCUUUGGUGAUUACUGUGCGUGGGAAGGGAAGAACGGUUCCUCCCCAGCAACCCGUCCGGAUGGAGAGGGGACCGGGGUGUGUGUGUUCGUUUGCGCGCGUUGCGUGUCAUUGACUGCAAUCGCUAGAGUGCCGUGCACUGUGCUGACGCAGCUGUAUCUACCCGCUGCGGUAGCGGUUACCGCCAGCUACAGUAGCCCCAGAGUAUAAUAUUUUACUCCGUAGUAGUAUAUUCUAGCGUCACUCUACCCAUUGCAUCGUGUAAUUUUUGUUCCAUUGCUAUAUGGUGGUGAUUUUCUCGGAGUGGUCAAAA